CAGGCACCGGACCUCCACAGACAACUCGCGGCUCCGUUCAGCGCUCGGUUUCCGGCUCCAGGGGCCCGUGCGUGCUGUCUUCGGCUCUCGUGGACUACAGAUGCCAGAGGACCGUUGAAGACCGGACAUAAAUGCCACAAUCACGUGAUCAAACCUUCUGGACUGGAUUCAUAGACUUGUAUCGCGAGAAUGAAUGUCUGUGGCGAACCAAAAGCCGAGAUUACUUUGACAAAAUCAAAAAGUUAAGGGCAUUACAACAAUUGGUGGACUAUAGUAAAAAGGACUACGAUGAGGCUGACAUAAACUGGAUGAAGAAUAAGAUACAAAAUUUGAGGACCAUCUUCAAAAAAGAACAUUAUCAAGUUAAAGAUUCACAGCGUUCCAGUGCAAGAACAAGUGAAGUCUAUAAACCAUCCUUAUGGUAUUAUGACCUUCUAUUUACCCUGGAACAAAAAACAGUGACCCAAUCCCGGAGUAUGGUGGAGCCAAACCCUCUGGGGCAGAUGGCAGAGGCUAAUAAUGAGAAUCCUGAGAGGGUGGAUCCGCCAACUCCGGAUUUGGAAAUGGAGUUAGCAGGUGUUCCAGAAGCCGUCGUACUAGAGAGUGUGCCGGAACAGACAACUCUAACUCCCCGUGUACCAUCAAAAAGGAGUUGCGGCAUCAAGUGCGAUGGCUGGGACACCUACAUUGUCAGAGCGAGUUUUGAGGAACGCAGAGCACCAUGCCUCCAAGAUGGGUCAUCUUAUUCUGGAACACCAUGACCUCCUGUUAUCCUUGCAGGAAAUAUCAGAAAUGGGCUGCAAAGAGAAGAGCCACCCAUGUGCCUCACCCUACCAGGCAUGAGGCGGAGGAACUGACUCCAGCAGAGCAGGUUGAAGAGAUCAUCUCUAAUGGGACCCUGAGCAAGGAAGCCACUUCCAGUGAAAAGAACAAUUGCCAAGCCCUGGAAGUGGAAAACAAGAAGCUAGCAGAAGAGAAGAACUUGCUAGCAGAGGAGAAUGAGAUCUUAAAAAUUAAACUUGAGAUCCAAUAUGAAGCCCUGAUGGAGGUGGUGAAGGUGAUGGAGGAGGCCACUGCCAAACUCCACAGCUGUUUGGGGCAAUAACUCAGCUGACCAGUAAAACAUGAUCCUUAUCUCACCUUAGAGAAGGUGGAAAAUAUGCUCUGAGAGGUUUCUGUAACUUCUAUUCGAAAAGUGCUGAAGUCUCUCAGUGUAUAUUUUCCACCUUUUGUCACCUUCUCUAAUAGAUGAAAGGAUUCAUGUAUGUCAUCAUCUGGUUACAGCUAACAGUGGUUAUACUAUUUCCCAUCACAUGCUCUGAUAAUAACAUCAUGAACAUCAAUAAACAGAGCAAACUUA